GGGAGGUCGCUGUCUGCAGCAGGGGCUCAUCACUUUGGUCAAUUAAAGGUUGAGAGUCAAAGGUUAAAAAAUGGGUGACGCAGCCAUGAAGGAGUUUGGGGCUGCUGCUCCUUAUCUCAGAAAGUCAGAUAAGGAGCGUCUGGAGGCCCAGACUCGUCCAUUUGACAUGAAGAAAGAGUGCUUUGUUCCUGACCCAGAGGUUGAAUACGUGAAGGCUUCCAUCACGUCAAGAGACGGUGACAAAGUCACUGCUGAAACUGAAUUUGGGAAGACUGUGACGGUGAAGGAGUGUGACGUCCAUCCUCAGAACCCGCCAAAGUUUGAUAAAAUUGAAGACAUGGCGAUGUUCACCUUCCUCCAUGAGCCCGCUGUGCUGUUCAACCUCAAAGAGCGUUACGCAGCGUGGAUGAUCUAUACCUACUCUGGGCUGUUCUGUGUCACUGUUAACCCCUACAAGUGGCUGCCAGUCUACAACCAAGAAGUAGUGGUCGCCUACAGAGGAAAGAAGAGGAGUGAAGCUCCUCCUCACAUCUUCUCCAUCUCUGACAACGCCUACCAGUACAUGUUGGCAGACAGAGAAAACCAGUCGAUCCUCAUCACUGGAGAAUCUGGUGCUGGAAAGACUGUCAACACAAAACGUGUCAUUCAGUACUUUGCCAGCAUCGCUGCUGUUCCAAGUACUGGGAAGAAAGAUCCAGCUAUUGAAAAGAAGGGAACCCUGGAGGAUCAAAUCAUCCAGGCUAACCCUGCUCUGGAGGCCUUUGGAAAUGCCAAGACCAUCAGGAAUGACAACUCAUCCAGAUUUGGUAAAUUUAUCCGGAUCCAUUUUGACAACAGAGGAAAAUUAGCCUCUGCUGAUAUUGAAACUUACCUUCUGGAAAAGUCUCGAGUGACUUAUCAGCUCAAAGCUGAGAGAGACUACCACAUUUUUUACCAGAUUUUGUCUCAGGCAAAACCAGAACUGUUGGAAAUGUUGCUCAUCACCAACAACCCCUAUGACUACGCCUUCAUCUCCCAAGGAGAGACGACCGUAGCCUCCAUUAAUGAUGCUGAAGAGCUGCAGGCUACUGAUGAAGCAUUUGAUGUACUGGGCUUUACUCAAGAAGAGAAGAACAGCAUGUACAAGCUGACUGGUGCUGUCAUGCAUCAUGGUAACAUGAAGUUCAAGCAGAAGCAGCGAGAGGAGCAGGCAGAGGCCGAUGGAACUGAAGAUGCUGACAAAGUUGCGUAUCUAAUGGGCCUGAACUCUGCCGACCUCAUCAAGGGUCUCUGUCACCCAAGAGUCAAAGUAGGAAACGAAUGGGUCACCAAGGGUCAAAAUGUUGCUCAGGUGUACUAUGCUGUCGGUGCACUGUCCAAGGCAGUGUACGAGAAGAUGUUUCUGUGGAUGGUGUUGAGAAUCAAUCAGUCACUGGACACCAAACAGCCUCGUCAGUAUUUUAUCGGUGUACUGGACAUCGCUGGGUUUGAGAUUUUUGAUUUCAACACCUUUGAGCAGCUCUGCAUCAACUUCACCAAUGAAAAACUGCAACAGUUUUUCAACCACCACAUGUUUGUGCUGGAGCAGGAAGAGUACAAGAAAGAAGGCAUUGAAUGGACCUUUAUAGACUUUGGUAUGGAUCUGCAGGCCUGCAUUGACCUGAUUGAAAAGCCCAUGGGUAUCAUGUCCAUCCUUGAGGAGGAGUGCAUGUUCCCUAAAGCCACCGAUACCACAUUUAAAGCUAAACUCUACGACAACCAUCUGGGAAAAUCUGCCAACUUCCAGAAGCCCAGAAUCGUCAAAGGGAAACCAGAGGCUCAUUUCGCCCUGAUGCAUUACGCCGGAACUGUUGAUUAUAACAUCAACAACUGGCUGGUGAAGAACAAGGAUCCUCUGAAUGAGACCGUGGUUGGACUUUAUCAGAAGUCCACUAUGAAGCUGCUGGCUACUCUCUUUGCUAAUUAUGCUGGGGCAGACUCAGUUCAGGAGGGUGGGAAAGGGAAAGGUGGAGGUGGAAAAAAGAAAGGUUCAUCCUUCCAAACUGUGUCCGCUUUGCACAGGGAGAACCUGAACAAGCUGAUGACCAACUUGAGGUCUACUCACCCCCACUUUGUCCGCUGCAUCAUCCCCAAUGAGACCAAGACUCCUGGGUCCAUGGAGAAUCCUCUGGUGAUGCACCAGCUGCGCUGUAACGGUGUGUUGGAAGGCAUCAGGAUCUGCAGGAAAGGCUUCCCCAACAGGAUCCUCUACGGAGAUUUCAAGCAGAGAUACCGUAUUUUGAACCCAAGCGCAAUCCCUGAGGGACAGUUUAUUGACAACAAGAAAGCAUCAGAGAAGCUCUUGGGCUCCUUGGAUAUUGACCACAGCCAGUACAAACUGGGGCACACCAAGGUAUUCUUCAAAGCAGGCCUGCUUGGACUCCUAGAGGAAAUGCGAGAUGAUCGUUUGGCCCUGAUCAUUACAAGGAUCCAGGCAAGGUCACGGGGUGUUCUAGCAAGAAUUGAGUUCCAGAAAAUUGUUGAACGCAGAGACGCACUGCUUGUGAUCCAGUGGAACAUCCGUGCUUUCAUGGGAGUCAAAAAUUGGCCCUGGAUGAAGAUGUUCUUCAAGAUCAAACCUCUUCUCAAGUCAGCAGAGACUGAGAAGGAGAUGGCCAAUAUGAAGGAAGAGUUUACAAAAUUAAAGGAAGCUUUUGCAAAAUCCGAAGCUCGCAAGAAGGAACUAGAGGAAAAAAUGGUCACUCUUCUCCAAGAGAAGAAUGACCUGCAGCUCCAAGUUCAGGCUGAGCAAGAUAAUCUGUGUGAUGCUGAGGAAAGAUGUGAGGGACUGAUCAAAAGCAAGAUCCAACUGGAGGCAAAAAUCAAAGAACUUACAGAAAGACUGGAGGAUGAGGAGGAAAUGAACGCAGAACUAACUGCAAAGAAGAGGAAGCUGGAGGAUGAGUGCUCUGAGCUGAAGAAAGACAUCGAUGACUUGGAGUUAACUCUGGCUAAAGUGGAGAAAGAGAAGCACGCUACUGAGAACAAGGUGAAGAACCUGACUGAGGAGAUGGCUGCUUUGGAUGAAAUCAUUGCCAAGUUGACAAAGGAAAAGAAAGCUUUACAGGAAGCUCAUCAGCAAACACUGGACGACCUGCAGAGUGAAGAAGACAAAGUCAACACUCUGACCAAGGCCAAGGCUAAGCUGGAGCAGCAAGUGGAUGAUCUUGAAGGAUCCCUCGAACAAGAGAAGAAAGUGCGUAUGGACCUUGAGAGAGCAAAGCGCAAGCUUGAGGGUGACCUAAAGUUAGCUCAAGAAAGUCUCAUGGACCUGGAAAAUGACAAGCAGCAACUCGAAGAGAAGCUGAAAAAGAAAGACUUUGAAAUCAGUCAGCUUAAUGGUAAAAUAGAAGAUGAACAGGCGAUGAGUGCCCAGCUCCAGAAGAAACUGAAGGAGUUACAGGCCCGCAUCGAGGAGCUGGAGGAAGAGCUGGAGGCAGAACGAGCUGCCCGAGCCAGGGUGGAGAAGCAGAGGGCAGACCUGGCCAGAGAACUGGAGGAGAUCAGUGAGAGGUUGGAGGAGGCUGGAGGAGCAACAGCUGCUCAGAUUGAAAUGAACAAGAAGAGGGAGACUGAGUUCCAGAAACUCCGCAGAGACCUUGAAGAGUCAACUCUGCAGCAUGAAGCCACCGCCUCCACACUCAGGAAGAAACAAGCUGACAGCGUCGCUGACCUGGGGGAGCAGAUCGACAACCUUCAGAGAGUCAAACAGAAACUGGAGAAGGAGAAGAGUGAGCUCAAACUAGAGCUGGAUGAUGUGGUCUCCAAUAUGGAACACACUGUCAAAGCAAAGAAUAACUUGGAGAAGAUGUGUAGAUCUCUGGAAGACCAGAUGAAUGAAUAUAAAACAAAGUCAGAGGAGGGACAGCGUACCAUCAAUGACUUCACCAUGCAGAAAGCAAAGCUUCAAACUGAAAAUGGUGAACUCAUGAGACAGCUUGAGGAAAAGGACUCCCUGGUGUCUCAACUGACAAGAGGAAAACAGUCAUACACUCAACAAAUUGAAGACCUCAAAAGACAACUGGAGGAGGAGAUCAAGGCCAAGAACGCCCUGGCCCAUGCAGUACAAUCUGCCCGUCAUGACUGUGACCUGCUCAGGGAGCAGUAUGAAGAAGAGCAGGAGGCCAAAGCUGAACUGCAACGUGGCAUGUCUAAAGCCAACUCUGAGGUGGCUCAGUGGAGAACUAAGUAUGAAACUGAUGCCAUCCAGAGGACGGAGGAACUGGAGGAAGCCAAGAAGAAGCUGGCUCAGCGUCUGCAGGACGCCGAGGAGGCUGUGGAGGCAGUGAAUGCUAAGUGUUCAUCUCUGGAGAAAACCAAACACAGACUCCAGAAUGAGAUUGAAGAUCUCAUGGUGGAUGUGGAGAGGUCUAAUGCUGCUGCUGCUGCUCUGGACAAGAAGCAAAGAAACUUUGACAAGAUCUUGGCAGAAUGGAAACAGAAGUAUGAAGAGUCACAGUCUGAACUGGAGAGUUCACAGAAGGACGCCAGGUCUCUGAGCACUGAGCUCUUCAAACUGAAGAACUCCUAUGAAGAAUCACUAGAGCAUCUGGAGACCAUGAAGAGAGAGAAUAAAAACCUACAAGAGGAAAUAUCUGACUUGACUGAGCAAAUUGCUGAGAGCGGAAAAAGUAUUCACGAGCUUGAGAAGAUACGAAAGCAGUUGGAGCAGGAGAAGUCAGAGAUACAAACUGCCCUGGAAGAAGCAGAGGCUUCACUUGAGCAUGAGGAGGGAAAGAUUCUCAGGGUUCAGCUGGAGUUCAGUCAGGUGAAGGCUGACAUUGAACGCAAGCUGACUGAGAAAGACGAAGAGAUGGAGCAAGCAAAGAGAAACCAACAGCGAAUCGUGGAUACUCUGCAGAGCUCUCUAGAAGCUGAGACUCGCAGUAGAAAUGAGGCCCUCCGUCUGAAGAAGAAGAUGGAAGGAGACCUCAAUGAGAUGGAGAUUCAGCUCAGCCAGGCCAACAGGCAGGCAGCUGAGGCCCAAAAACAACUGAAAAGUGUCCACGCACAUCUGAAGGAUACUCAGCUCCAUCUCGAUGACUCUCUUCGAGUGAAUGAUGAUAUGAAGGAAAAUAUUGCUAUUGUUGAGAGGCGCAAUAAUUUGCUUCAGGCUGAAUUAGAGGAACUCCGAGCAGCUCUGGAGCAAAGUGAGAGAGGUCGCAAACUCGCUGAACAAGAGCUGCUGGACGUCAGUGAGAGGGUUCAACUACUGCACUCACAGAACACCAGCUUGAUAAACCAAAAGAAGAAGCUGGAGGCUGAUACAUCCCAGCUCCAGACAGAGGUAGAAGAUGCAGUGCAGGAGUGCAGGAAUGCCGAAGACAAGGCCAAGAAGGCCAUCACUGACGCUGCUAUGAUGGCAGAGGAGCUGAAGAAAGAGCAGGACACCAGUGCUCACCUGGAACGUAUGAAGAAGAACAUGGAGCAGACCAUCAAAGACCUGCAGCAUCGUCUGGAUGAAGCAGAGCAGAUCGCCAUGAAGGGAGGAAAGAAGCAGCUACAGAAGCUGGAGGCCAGGGUCAGGGAACUUGAACAUGAGGUGGAGGCUGAACAGAAAAAAGCCAGUGAUGCAGUAAAGGGAGUGAGAAAAUACGAAAGACGGAUCAAGGAGCUUACCUACCAGACUGAGGAGGACCGUAAAAAUCUAGCACGUCUUCAAGAUCUGGUCGACAAACUGCAGCUAAAGGUUAAAUCCUAUAAGAAGACUGCAGAGGAGGCUGAAGAACAAGCCAACAAUAACCUCACCAAAUUCCGUAAGCUUCAACAUGAGCUUGAUGAAGCUGAAGAGAGGGCUGACAUCGCUGAGUCUCAGGUCAACAAGCUCCGAGUGAAGAGCCGUGAGAUAGGGUCAAAGAGAGGACUUGAUGAAGAGUGAAGUUCCCUCCUGAUUUUUUUUCCUGAGGCGCCUGUGUCUUGUGUAUUGGUGUCUCCCUAUGCAUGCCAUUGUUCAGUAGAAUAAAGACAAAGCAUCUAAAACAGCUCUUGACUUAUCAUUCUAAACAUUUACACCUCGAUUUUGCAAUUAACCUGUAUUCUGAAAUAAAAUAAGUGAUGUCCUUUACGUCACAAAAUCAAAUAAAACCAUAGGAAUAAGAAACAAGAAAGAAAAACAUGCACUGUAUUUCAAGUUUAAUGUUGAACUGUAAUGUACAGAUCUAAUUUUUUUUUUUUUUUAUUAUUUUCAUCCUAUCAACACAGUGAAAUAAUUUUUUUUCCCAAAAUGCUUUUAAUAAC